GUCGGCUCAGCCACGCACCAAAUUGUGGAUCGACUGUGAUGCUGGGGUGGAUGACGCCCAAGGGCUCUUACUGGCCCUAGCGGCGCCGGAGGUGGAUUUGAUUGGCAUCUCUACUGUUCAUGGGAAUGUGGGCGUUGCGAAGGUGGUGAGGAAUGUGGCAAGGGUAUUGCAUGUAGCAGAGAGACUGGAUGUACCAUUCUACCUGGGCAGCGAUGAGCCUCUCCUGGGUCAACCCAUUGACGCUGCAUUUUUUCAUGGACAGGAUGGAAUGGGCGAUGUGCCAGAGACUCACCCUGCCUUGGCCAGCAUCAGCCAUGAGCCGCUGCAAGGCAUAGCUGCUCUUAAACUCAUAGAGGCGGCCAGAGAGCAUUCUGGGGAGCUGGUGAUAGCAGCGAUCGGGCCUUUGACAAACCUAGCGCUAGCUUGCAAGCUGGACCUCUCCUUUCCUGAGAGGAUCAAGGCUCUGUAUGUCAUGGGCGGGGCGGAGCGAGCCGGCAAUGUGACCCCCGCAUCAGAGUUCAACUUCCACUGCGAUCCUGAGGCUGCGCAUUUAGUACUGAAGAAAUUUCCUCGCACCGUGCUGAUCUCCUGGGAAGGCACGAUUGCCCACGCCAUCCCCUGGGAGACCUUCAACCCCUGGAUCCAAAAGAACACUGCCAGAUCGCGCUUCAUCGCCGCAAUCUCAGCGGCCAGCAUAGCAUACGAGCACAAGAGAGGUCUGACCGGCUGGAUUGCCUGUGACCCACUGGCUGUGGCUGUGGCUAUCAGACCAGAGCUCAUAGAGGAGGCAGAGGAGCUGUACUGUGCAGUGGAGUUGCACGGCACUCUCACGCGGGGCAUGAGCACCUUUGACUGGAACAAGACAUUGGGCAGGGAACCCAACGUCUCCCUUGUGAAGAAGGUCAAUCUAGACGGCUUCAAUGCCUUGAUGGAUGCCAGCACAGAUUAGGGGUUGGACGGGCGCUGCCAGCAGAGCAGAUGUGCCUGUAGAUUGAGUCACAUGACUCGCCUAGCUCUAGCGUGAUUACUCAGGGUGAGAACACAGUGACUGUACUGCAAUCACAUUAUUUACUUGCCCAGCUUCUGGAUCCAUACAUUGCUGUGAAAGCUGCAGAGCAGGAGUUCUAUGAGCUGAGACCAGCCAUGAGAUCGUUGUGUUGGAGCAAGAACAUUUCAGAUUGAUAGUGUUAUUACAGACGUGCAUCUAUUGUUUGUUAAAAUCAAAGCCUACCAGGCUACAAUAAGUUGUACGUAAAAACAGACGACUAGUAUAUUCAAUUACUGUAUGUACAUGAGCAAAGCUUAUAUAAGCGCACCGCAAACAACGUUUGCCGUUCUGCAAUUGAUUUUCUAGAUUUCUGCGCUAUUUGGGCCAGAGCUUCAUCAAGCUUUGAAAAUCCCUAAGAAAUGUGCUUGUGAAACGUUACUAGCUAACAUCAUGAUCAAUACUAUAGCGAGGUUCUUUUGACUGG